AUGGUAUUUGACGGUCCUGGAGAAGAGCUAGCAGUCAUAGCCCUUUGGAUUAAGGUACACCCUGUCUACUUCUCUGGUUACUUUUCCUUAUUCCCUACCAAUAACAAAUAUGUGAACAAAUCGCGACGCAGUUUUGCGUUUCUUUAGUUGAAUAAGUUAGCUUCAAAAUAAAAAUUGUUUCAAGGAGUCAAUUUUUUUCACAACAAAAUGCGAUUUAUAAGACCCUCCGAAAAAAAAAUCAUAAUACUUCAUUGCUAAAAAUUAAAAUUGCUGUUUGGCAAUUUAUACAAGAAUACCUUUAUUGUGUCCUUAUAAAUUUAAAAAAAAAAAUGUGGUAGGUAAAGAGACUUUCUAGCUCCAGGUUUUUUCCCCGAAUAUACCUGCCGCUAAAAAUUGAUCUACGGAAGAAUGGAUAUUUAAUUGUUCAAAAAGACAAUUAAAUAAAUUGGCAAUAACGAAUAUUAUUAUAUGGCUGAGUCUGUUUUUGAUGAGAACGAAGCUGACGUAGAAACUGAAUCGUAACCUCACCGAGGAAGAGAAUGCUACUCAGUGUUUGAAAAUUUUAACGCAGAUUACAAUUGAAGACGAGAAUGUACUGGCAGAAAGAGAGGCUUUCCCAAAAACAUUAAACGAGCGAAUCCUUGGACAAUGACAACAAACUUACCUUGAAAAGCUUCUUUGCCUUUUGCAGUGUUUUGUUUACAAGGACAAACAGAGGGAAGACGGAAACGUCUUCAAGACAGACAGUGUCCGGUUUCCAAAAUACUCCAGCGUUACAUUAAAGGGCUAAAACUUACAGUGCUCUUAGUUUUGACCAAAUAAACUUUUUCAACAUGGCGAAUUUGUUUUUAGUUCCUCCGAAAGCCUUUGUUAUGUGCUAUUGUUUUCGUGCGCCAAUAAAAACUUUCUUUUUUGACGCCUGUCAAAUGACUGUCAAAUCGUGCGUUCUGCACGUUUGUUUCCGGUCCCACAAACAGGAAGAACCCUUAUAAUAAACCUCUUAUUAGCCUCGUUUUUUCGGUCGGUACUGUAAAUUACGAAUCCUUGUUUUUUCCCAUCGAUUUAUGGCCCCCGCGCUUCGUGCUUGGGCCACAAAUCGAUGGGAAAAAACUCGGUCCGUAAUUUACAGUACGGACCGAAAACUCGGCUAAUAAGAGGUAUAUAUUUCAGCUUCCUUGGCUACAUCUAAGAAAAACGUAGAAGUAGAAGGACGAUAAAUAAAAGGUUGCAAAUCACAUAAAGUUCGAUCUAUUGAAUUAUUUACAGGCGCCCUCAAAAGGAAACAAAAUUUUUGGAAAGUUAGCAACUCUGACACAAUACAUCCUCGAAGUUGGUAGGUAUAUCAGAAUACUUAAAAAAGGUUAAACACGAAGAACAUGUGAACAAAUCCUUACUGUCCCUUCUUGCUUUUAUUCUCUGUUUAUUGGCAAUCGGCGACGCCCGCCCUCUUCUUCCUACACUUGCACAGUUUAUCAGCAAUCAUUUCAUCCUUUAAGUUCCAAUAUCUACGUAAAAAUUCUCCAGACCGAUCUUCAUGCAUUUCCUUAAAGAAUAGGUCGAGAGAUUUGAAAAAAAGAUCAACGCACUUUCUGUUUGGCAAUCAUUUAUUAAUUCACUCCCCCAAAAAUUUAUUUUACACCAAAUUUACUCAGUGCAAAUAUGGUGCAUGAACAAAGUGCAAUUUACAGUUAAAUCAAGGGCAGAGAUGUUAAAUACCUCAUUUGCCCUCAAACUUACAACCCAUGUCAACUGGGAUGCAAAUGAGGUAUUUUUACCAUCUUUGCCUUUGAUUCCCUCCUAGUUGGACUUUUUUGCGCUAUAUUUGCGGAGGGCAAAUCUGUGUAAAUCUAAUUUUUCCUUCAGUGAUUAUGACCUUUCCUCUUGUUUGUGCUAUUACUAGUAAAAUUGAAGAUGAUGUUGGUUAGGCCCUGGGAUUUAAAGGGUUUAACUGCUGAUGUCACUGCUCAGUAAGGGAGAAUGUCGUUGCUCUCGUUGCUUACAUGAUAUAAUUCAAUUUUAGUUUGGUAUAAUUUUAGUUAAACCUUGUUAUUUUACCAUGUUAAAAAAUUACUAAAAUAUGUUAAUAAAUAACUAUAGCACAAAAAGUGAACUAACAAAUGAAAAUUAUUGAGCUGCUUUUAGGAAACUUUGAAGAGCUCAAAUUUGCCAAAAACGUUUUUGAACAAGACUUGAGAACACGUCAGAUCUCUGCCUUGUUUGUAGAAAACGCGGCUGCGAGCGAUGAAGGUCUAUGGGAACGCGCGUUAAGUGUUGGCGUAAAAGACUCUGGGAAGGGUCGGAGUUUUGCACUUCGCUUUCCCCAUGAUCCCUUGCGCGGAACUAAAAUCACUCCAAUCGAUCCCGAUUACACGUCCCGGCGGUAGAGCGCGCCUGGCGAGGUUCGAGGCAGCUGAAAUCUUUAACUCGCAGAACGAUGUGUGGCUCAUCUGCUUGAACGUUUAAGGAAACCAUUUAAUGUCACCCUAUUUUACAGGUAAAACUCAUACUGUUGACAAGACCGAUGGAAUUUAUCUCAUGGAUCUGAUUCCCCAACAUUGUUCAAACGGUAAUGGCAAUGGUAAUGGCAACGGUAAUGGCAAUGGUAAUGGCAACGAUGAUGGCAAUGGUGAUUGCAAUGGUAAUGGCAACGGUUAUGGUAAUGGUAAUGGCGAUGGCGGAAAUGGCCACGGCAAUGAUAAGGAUCCCAAAAGUUUGACUUUAGAAUGUUACUACAGUUACGAAGGUUCCCUCACUACGCCUCCUUGCUUUGAGACAGUACACUGGAUAGUUGUUAAAGACUAUCUCCUUGCCUCUACCAACCAGGUAUCUAAUGCUCACUAAUAUGAAUAACUCAGUUUUACAACUGAGAGGAUAUGACACUCUACAAGUAUACUAGAGUGAUUAUACUUGAACCGUGUAAAAGGAAGUAAUAUGCUACGCACUAUUUUGCACUAAUUCUGUUGUCUUCUUUUGUUUACCUCUUGAUUUUUUGCAUUAUUUGUUAACAUCUGUUUCACGGUUCAAGUAAAAUCCCUUUAAGAUACGGAAUCUGAUUAAGACCGGUCAGUGUCACAAUAUAUAGCGAUGACCGGAGCCAAUUCUAGGCAUGUAUUGCGUUAACUACUAUGCAGACCGUUACAGGAUACAUUGAAAUUAUUGUGAAUGCAAUACCAAAAUUGUGUUUAAAACAGUCUAUGAUGCAUCGUACGUCAGAUUUUAUUAUCACACCGGCGUCUUUACUUUUAAGUAGCAUAGCCAUAGAUAUCGAUAAUGUUAGUUCAAAUUGUGCUAGAAACAAUUAGCUUAAACCAUAUGAUGGGUCGUAAGUUUCCUUGCUUGAUAUAUUUUAAUUUUUUUUCGGUGUUUCAGCUUAACAAGUUCAGGAAACUUAAGGGUGAACAUGGUAGAAAUCCUCCUCUCAUGUGCGACAACUACAGACCAAUCCAACCACUGAAUGACCGCACUAUUUACUCCACCACAAAUAACGAUUAG